ACUUUAUAUAGUAAGAUAUAUCUGAGGAGGAUGUUGUAGUAUUGGUAGAAUAAUGUCAUUUAUCUUUUAUGAUUAGGUACAAAACCUGUUUUGCAAGCAACCGUCUUCCAAUCACAGAACAUAAUUCCCAUUGAUUAAUCAACCAAUCAAACAACAUCAUAUAGAUAUGUAGAUGUCAUGUGUGUGUUGGCAUGUUCUUUGUUUCGGUCGUGCAAGGUGGUAUUCAGUUUAAGCGUCAACGACAAAGUUCUCCUCACGUCUAAGCUGGAAAGAUUUACUCAAAUCCCAUUUGUGUUUUUUUUUUGUCUAUCUGUUGUCUCUAAAUUUUUUCAAUUCCAAAUAUUAUCCUUUGUUUUUUGACUAAUUUAGGCCGUUUUAGACUUCCCCAAACCUAUAAAUAGAAACACAAUCAUAACACAUAACUCACAAGAGUGUGAGAGAGAGAGAGAGAUCCUGAUCUAUGUUCUUUUGUUGAUCUUUUGGCCAAUUUGAUCUAACAUGAUUAUACAAUUGCUCUGUUUCUUCUUGUUCUUGUUUCUUCUUUUACAAGUCACCAUGCUUAAACGUUCUUUCAAGAAUUUUGUUGAACAAGAACUCGGAUCUUUCCCUCAGCUCCUCAUCUACACCCUUCUUGAAUUGACUCUCAUCACCAUCCUCUUCAUAGACGGGGCUCUCGCCUUCUUAUCAAACCAAUACGCAAGAUUCUUCGAGCUCAACACUCCUUGCCUCCUCUGCACCAGAAUCGACCACGUUCUUGUCCCUAGAAACCCUCAUUUCUAUUACAACGACUCAAUCUGCGACUCUCACAAGAAGAAAGUCUCUUCCCUUGCUUAUUGCCAUGUCCACAAGAAACUCUCUGAGAUCAAACAUAUGUGUGAAGGCUGUCUUCUCUCUUUCGCCACCCAGAAGGAAUCUGACUGUGACACGUAUAAGUCUCUCAUUGGGAUCUUGCAUAAAGAUCUUGAGCUUCUCAUUGAUGACCAAAGAGAGCUUGCCUUGGCGCUCAAGAAAGACGAUAACCUUGUUCAGACAUCAACAAACCUGGUGGAUUACAAGACAAACAACAUUAGCUUGAAACAACAUUGCUCUUGUUGCGGAGAUUUAUUGAAGAACAACGGUUCUUUCCUUGCUCCUGCUCCUUCUCCUAGGGUUCCCUACAACAAGCUAUCUGAGAAUGAAUCUGAGUUUAGGGUUUUGGAUGUGGACAUAACACCGAGUGUUGUAAGAGGAGGUAGCAAGUUCUUUGGGACUCCUCUUAGAAAACUUCCUUUGGAUAAGACAGAGAAUACUUCUGACUUGGCUGAUUCAGACGGUGAAUCUAUCCUUAAUCAGCUCAAGAAAGAGGCUCGCUUGGACAAGAAGUCACUGAUGCAUUUGUAUAUGGAGUUAGAUGAAGAGAGAAGUGCUUCAGCUGUUGCAGCCAACAACGCUAUGGCUAUGAUUACAAAGCUACAAGCCGAAAAAGCCGCUGUUCAAAUGGAGGCUUUGCAGUGCCAGAGAAUGAUGGAUGAACAAGCAGAGUAUGACCAAGAAGCUUUGCAGUCUCUGAGUAGUGAAUUGGCAAAGAGGGAAGAGGAUAUGAAGGAGCUUGAAGAUGAACUUGAGGCUUACAGAGAGAGAUAUGGAUGUUUAACGGAUAAAGAUGAUGUGAGAGAAGAGCUUCUUGAGGAACACGGCAGUGCCAGUGUAGUUUGUUAUUCAAAUCAUGAGGACAAUGGAGCAAACAUUGAUCAAACUGGGUCUUGUAAAUCCGAAGAAUCGAGAUUCUUAGGGCAAAUGAAAGGAGCUGAAAGCAAAGAAGGUAUAGUAAAGGAGCUUUCAGAGAUCACAGAGAGGCUAAGUGCUCUUCAAUCAAAUGGUGAACUGCUGAAACAUAUUGCUGAUGUUUUAGAUGUUAGUGAAGGUGAAGCAAUUCUAUUGCACAUAACUCAAAAUUUGCACAUGCUUCGUAGUUUUGUUGCUAUGCCUUCAGAAUCAUGAACUUGUAAUACAUCUUUUGUUGUUUCUUAGAGAACACGCAAGCUUCCAACGCCUUGUCUUAAAUUCAAAACAUUUCUCUUAUUCUUAGUCGCUAAAAUGUUUCAGAUUUGCUCCAUUGAAUAAAUAUUUGGACCUCAUUGGUUAAAACACAAUUUUGUUUGUUGAGUUUAUAUGUGACUUUCUUAAAUAUAUUUAAAAAUUUAAAGAAAACUGAUCGCUAAAGCCUAAUCUUUUUAAUUACCCUGAAAAUUCUUCACUUUAGAUUCAUAGUGUCUGAAAUUAGUUUUGAAAAUUUCAAUAUAAAAAGUAACGUAUCAAUAUAGGUUUGAACC